AUGUUAUAAAUAAAGGUUUCAUCAGCUUUACCGUAAAAUCCCUACUUAAUCAACUAAGUCGAAUAAUUCUUAGUGGACUCCAACACUUUGAUAAGAAAUGGAUGUUAUCGAAAAUGUGUUAUGCAUUUGGAUGGCCAAUAUAAAAAACUGCUUCCUAUUGAAUCACCUUUACUACUAAAAAUCAAAGUCUUGAGGAGAUUAUGCUAUUGUACAUUAAUGUAUUUCAAACUCAAAAUCAACAAGGGCGAAAUUAAUUAAGGCAAAAAUUAGUUCACUCUUUGGUCACGAUUCCUUCUCUAUAUGAGAGAUUUCCAUGAUAACAUUUCACUCUUGAAGAUCUAGUAUAAGAAAAAGUUUUACACUCAAGAAUUGAUAUCGAUAUUGAUAAAGGCAUUACUAUUCAGAUCAUAAUAUUAUCAAAAAAAUCAAAUGGUAGCCAGAGGUCUCUUGUACUUUCACCAUCUUAAUGGUACAAUAAUAGAGUAGGCUUUGAUUGAGAAAAUAACGUUUUUCUUAAGUUUAUAGGGCAAAUACCAUCUGGUUGCUGGAAAUAGUUACUUUCAAUUGCAAAACUAUCAGACAGCUUUGAAGUAUUAUCUUAAAGGACUCGAUUUCUACCAAAGGAAUCUAAUCAUCAUUUAUAAGGAAAUCACCCUUACUUCCUUAGAAGAAAUAAAGAUUACUCUGAAUUAUUACUCAAAAGAGAUCAUUUUGUCUUUGUUUUUAAUAGCAUUGGUGUAUGAAUAGUUAAAUGACUUUCUAAAAUAUCAAGAGACUCUCAAAAUGAUGACUUGGGUUGAUUCAAAUUAUUAGCCAGAAGACUCAAUAGGAAGACUAUAUUUCUAAUAAUAUGUGGACAACACCAAAUACUUAGAAUAUGCUCUUGAGAAGGCUGAAAUCUCUAAAGUGCUAAAGCAGGCUCUGCCAGAAGAAGAAACAUUGAAAGUCCCUGUAGAAGAGGAUCAAUUAAAUUAUUACAACAAUAUGCUUUACGAAUUCAGUGAAUUUCCAAAAAUCAGAAGACAUUAUUUCUAUUAUGAUAAAUCAUAACCUCCAUACAGUAAUGAAAUUAUAGAAAGUGAAACUUAUUUAGAGAGAUCCAAAGCUCUUAAAACAAAUGCUAGUGUUUAGAUGGUUUAUAAAUAGUAAACUAAUGAAAAUGAAUCUACAACCAUAUGCAGAUCUGUAUUGAUGAAAACUAAAUAUUCGGAUAAUGGAUUGUCGACUAGAUUUUAAACUGAAUCAGAAGGAUUUUCAUAACCAAUAAUUCAUGUCUAAUAAUCAAACAAGAGAAACAAAAAGUAGCUAAACAAAGAAGAUGUCACAUUACAAAUGUAUUAUGGAAAUGCAAUAGAGAAGUCUGUAAAAUUGUAAGAAUUAGAGAAUUUAGCCGAAUAGCAUAAUUAAGAUUUAGUAUAAUAACAAAUUGAAACAAUUACAUUUGAUAAAACUUUGAAACAAUCAAAAUAAAAAAUUUAAUUUAAGAGAAUUUUUGGUUGUAUUAAUUUGAACAAAGAGCCCUUUGAACAUGAAACGAGAGAGUCUAGAAAGAGACAGAGGAAGCAGUAAGCUAAAAGCAUCAAUCAACUACAACAACUAUUAAGUAUUCAGCUUUAAAUCAAAACUAAGACUGAGCAAUCUCAAUUAUUGGAGUAGUACAAUAAGUAGAGAAAAUUAAACUCUUAAUCAUCACCUAAUAUAUUUUAAAAAGUGCAUAACAUGCAUCGAUAAACUAAAACAGUGAAAUUGGAAGAAAAGCCUGUAAUUACUAAUAAAGAAUUUAGUAAAGAUAUGGGCAGUAAUCAUAAGACACAAGAUGAAGAUCAAUUGAUUAGAGAUAUCAAUAUCAACACCAAGGAGACUAUUAAGAAAAUGAUGGAUGAGAAGGAAAGCUUGAUCUAAUCAAAACCAUUUUCAACCAGAAGAUCAUCCUAAAACACUACUACCAAGAGCAAUAUUUUGUUUGAAAAAUUGAUUUAAAAAAAUGAUAGUUUGGCCCAUACAACAGAUUAAAUUAGUAAUUCAAAAAAGCUGAAUUCAUUGAAAUCUUUGUUGGAGGUAUCCAGAAAUAAUCCAAAUCAAAAGAGGAUGACAGCAAUUUUAUCGACAAUAACUCCUAGAUCUGCUAAUAAGAUGGGUUCACACACAAUUUUACCUCUAUGUUGA